UAUAGGUGGAGCUACAUUAGCUUUAGAUUUUUGGACGUGUUUGGACAGACUAUUAAAUCACUUGCACUUUUGUUUCCAUUGAAAGUGAAAGUUACAGAUGUGGAACGAAGAUGGCCGAGAGCUGUGAAGUACUACAUUCCUUCUCCUGCUCCAUAUGCCUGGAUGUUUUGAAGAAUCCCGUGACUCUUCACUGUGGCCACAACUACUGUAUGGACUGUAUAAAUGGCUGCUUCGACCAGGAGGAUCAGAGUGGUAUUUACAGCUGCCCACAGUGCAGACACACUUUCAACCCAAGACCCGUCCUCAAGAAAAACACAGUGCUGGUUGAUUUGAUGGUAAAAAUGUCUGUGAGAGCACAAUCCAACAUGCGAGUAAAGGAUGAAGCUGGACCAGGGGAUGUGGAGUGUGAUUUCUGCACUGUGAGGAAGCUGAAAGCUGUUAAGUCUUGCCUGGUAUGUCUGGCAUCUUACUGUGCCACUCACUUGCAACCUCACUAUAAGUCUGCUGCGUUUAAGAGGCACAAGUUGGUCGAAGUGUCAGCUUCCAUACAAGAGAAGAUCUGCUCCAAGCACGACAAGCUACUCGAAGUCUACUGUCGCAGUGAUGGGCAGUGCGUUUGUCUCCUUUGUGUGAUGGACGAACAUAAAGGCCACAACACUGUCUCGGCUGCAGCAGAGAGAAAAGAUAAGCAGAAACAACUUGGAAAGAAGAAACAAAUAAUCCAGCAAGGCAUUCAAGAAAAAGAGAAACAGCUCCGGCAACUAAGACAGAAAACGAAAGGACUGAAGGCUUCAAGUGAUGCAGCAGUUGCUCAAAAUGAGAAAGCCUAUGCUGAGAUUGUUCUGAAGGCAGACAAAAGGCGCUAUGCCGUGAACGAUCUGAUCAGAGAUCAGGAGAAGGCCGCGUUGAGUCGCGCUGGGGAGCUUGUGGAUCGGCUGGAGAAGGAAAUCAGUGAGCUGAGGAAGCGAGAGGACCAACUGAAGCAGCUGUCGCUCACUGAAGAUCACAUUAAUUUCCUGCAGCACUGCCAGACCAUUUUUGACUGUACAGAACCUGAUCUGUCUUCUGAUGUGAACAUCCAACUGCACACACCUUUCGACUUUGUCACAAAAGCUAUUUCUGACUUGAGAGACAAAAUGGAAAACGUGGCCAAGAGCAUUGCACAAAUAUCUGAGACAAUUGAAGUUGAUCCUGAUCCCAAGACAAGAGAGGAGUUUUCUAUGUAUUCCUGCUGCAUAACAUUGGAUCCCAACACAGCAUUUGAAAACCUGUUGCUCUCUGAUGGAAACACCAAAGUAACCUGGGCUAAAAACCCCCAGAGGUACCCUUACCACCCAGAUAGAUUUACCAAAUAUGAUCAAGUGCUGUGCACUGAGGGUUUAUCUGGUGUUUGCUACUGGGAGGUUGAAUGGAAAGGGCCACGGGUUGAGAUAGCCCUGUGCUAUAACGGAACAGAGCUGGAAGAAAGUGGCUUCGGCUACACCGACCAGUCCUGGUGCAUUUCUCUUUCUAGUUCCUGUUGCGCUUUUUGGCACAAUGAAGUCAAAACUAGAAAACCCGUCCCCUGUUCCUCUACAGUGGGAGUGUAUUUGAACCACAAGGGAGGGAGCCUGUCCUUCUACAGCGUGUCUGAUUCUGGUCAAAUGGUGCUCGUUCACAGAGUUCAGACCACAUUCUCCCAGCCUCUGUACCCUGGGUUCAUGGUCUCCAGAGGAGCCUCAGUUAGGAUAAUCACACCAGAGUAAAGCGACAUCAGAAGCACCAGAAUUACAUCAGGUGUAUCAGUACAUGUUUAUCACUAUUCCCAAAGUACUCUUCAGUAUAAUAAUACAGUCUGUUGACUCUUGCUCAUUAUAGCUAAAGCGUCCUUGUUUAAAAUAUUUUUUGUUUGUGAGGCUAAAGACAUUAGGCUAACAUUUACUGAACUGAAUUUAUUUGGCAAGUGUGUUUGUGCACAGAGGUCUGUUGUGUGUAUACAGUGUUCAAGAAGGUGCAGUUACAUAAACAUGCACUAAUAUAUUCAUAGAGAAAAUCCUCUACAGAAAUGUCA